AUGGGUGAGACCAAAAUCAUCAUCGAUCGAUACCCUUGGAUCUCACCAGAAGAAUACCAUCAACAGCGUCAAGAGUUAGUGCAGGAAGAGGCCAGUCUCGCUUUCGGGGCCGAUAUCGUUCUCAGCGAUAAAGAAAGGAUCGUCAACGAUCACCUCAUGUCCCUGAAGCGUGCCGAACUUGCCGACGGUUUCGAAAAUCCCUUCAAGUUCGCUCCGGCUCGCCACAUUUUCGAGGUGCUCGAUAUGAUCGAGACUUCGCCGUUGUUCAAGCUGAUCCGUCAGAUGCCCAAAGGAGGCUUGCUGCAUGCACACGCUACAUCGCUGGCCAACACGGAGGUGAUUGUACGGGCCACCUAUCAGGAGCACCUCUGGCAACGUGGUGAAUUUACUCCCGAAAGGGGGCUUGAUUUUCGCUUCUCCCGUACAGUCCCCGACGGGGAAGGCUGGGAACUGGUACAGGAUAUUCGAAAACGAGUUGGUGACGCUCAGUAUGAUGAUGCCGUUCGGCAGAAAUUCUCGUUGUACGAUAAGGACCCGCUGAACUAUUACAAAACCAGUGACGACGUUUGGUCUAGGUUCUACGGCAUCUUUCACGCAUUCAAAUCGAUGGUUAAUUUUAAACCGUUCUGGGAAAGCUACUUCCGUGAGGUGUUGCAGGAGCUCCAUCAUGAUAACGUGAUGUACCUAGAGAUGCGAUCUGGAUUGCCGCCGCUCUAUGAUCUGGAAGGAAAAACCUACUCACCAGAAGAGGUAGCCGAAAUCUACAUCAACAUUACGGAGGAAUUCAAAGCGACACAUCGCAGCUUUGCCGGUACCAAGGUUAUCUAUGGUCCCCGGCGCUCAGUCGACGAUGAAACGUUGAAAGAACGAAUAGAUACCGUCGAACGG